AUGUUCACCACAGCUUUGAAGGCGUUGGCAAGCGCCAUUGCGCUACAUGCCAGUUUUGGUAUGUCAAGUCCCAUCAAUGCUAUUCAGCAACGGGCUUCUUCCUAUGAGAAUUCGGUUUAUUUCGUAAACUGGGGUAUCUAUGGUCGAGCCUAUACGCCACAAAUGUUACCAGCUGGAGAGAUAACGCAUGUACUAUAUGCAUUUGCUAACAUUCAACAGGAUGGCACCGUCUACUCGUCGGACUCUUAUGCUGAUUACCAGAUCCACUGGGCCGGAGAUUCAUGGAACGAUGUGGGCAACAAUGCAUAUGGUUGCGUCAAACAACUAUACCUCCUCAAGAAGGCGAAUCGCAACUUGAAGACUCUUCUCAGUAUUGGUGGCUGGACAUACAGCACGAACUUUGCUGCUGCUACCAGCACCGCUGCUAGCCGCGCCACGUUCACAUCCACGGCUAUUACCCUGAUGAAGGACUGGGGUUUCGACGGGAUCGAUAUCGACUGGGAGUACCCGGCAAGUGAGACCGAAGCCGCCAACUUUGUGUCAUUGCUGCAGACCGUACGCUCCGCCUUGGAUGACUAUGCCGCCCAGUACGCGCCCGGCUACCACUUUCUCCUCACCGUCGCCUCCCCAGCAGGACCCGCUCACUACAGCCAGCUGCAGCUAAGCAGCAUGGCCGCCGUGCUCGACUACUUCAACCUCAUGGCGUACGACUACGCCGGGUCCUGGGACAACACGUCGGGCCACCAAGCCAACCUGUACUACGACGCCAGCAACCCGACGGCCACCAAAUUCUCCACCGACGCCGCCAUCACCGACUACCUGGCCGCGGGCGUGCCGUCGGACAAGAUCAUUCUGGGCAUGCCCAUCUACGGCCGCGCCUUUGAGGCCACGAGCGGCGUGGGCGAGCCCUACACGGGCGUCGGCUCCGGGUCCUGGGAGAAUGGCAUCUGGGACUACAAGGCGCUGCCCAAGGCGGGGGCGACGGAAAUCUACGACGCCGUCGCCGGCGCCACCUACUCGUACAAUAGCGCCACGCAGGAGCUCAUCACCUACGACACCCCCGAGAUGAUCCAGCGCAAGGUUAGCUACCUGCAGGGCAAGGGACUCGGCGGCAGCAUGUUUUGGGAGGCCAGCUCGGACAAGAAUGGCUCCGACAGUCUGAUUGGGACCAGCUACUCCAGCCUCGGGUCCAUCAAGAACACUCAGAACCUGCUGAGCUACCCGGACAGCCAGUACGACAACAUCAAGGCUGGUAUGGUCUAA